ACCGUAAGAGCCAACAAAACGACCACGUUCUGCAGAUCUCUCUUGGAAGUUCCCAGGGCAGAUUCGGAAACAAAAGCAUUCAUUUCUGGUCUCCCAAAGACAGUUGAUUUACAGAAGAUUCUUUUCUUUCUUCUUCCGUUCUUUGCUUGAUCUGUGACAAACCUGCAAAGUCUUGAUCUUGAAAACCAAGAAAACCGGGAAAGAUGCAUGACUUCUGCUUCACAAUCCCAUAUGGACUGGUUAUUGGGAUUGGAGGGGUUAUUGGAUAUUUGAGGAAAGGGAGUGUGGCAUCAUUAGGAGGGGGGGUUGGCACUGGUUUGGUUCUCAUCUUUGCUGGAUACUUGAGUCUUAAAGCUUUUUCGAAGGGGAAGAAUUCAUUUCUUGGCUUGGCUAUUGAAACUGUUUGUGCAGCCGUACUGACAUUUGUGAUGGGGCAACGCUAUAUGCAAACCUCUAAGAUAAUGCCUGCUGGUAUUGUUGCUGGUAUCAGUGCUCUCAUGACUGUAUUUUAUCUGUACAAAAUUGCAACUGGUGGCAACCACAUUCCAGCUAAGGCUGAGUGAUGACUUUUGAGGGUUUUUAUAUUACUGAUUUCAAUAGAUGCACUGAGAUUAUAAAAACUCAAAUAUUUGUAUGGAGAAAUUCUAAAUUUUUGAGCUGAUUUGUACCAGUGUGCUGUAGCCAUUAAAUGUAUGACUCAAAAUCUUGUUCAAAAGCAAAAUCAUAAACCCCGUUUGUUA